AUCAUCAAACUGCUGCUCGAAAAAGACGGCAUCGACUUGGACAAUGCCAACGAGUCCGGCAGGACAGCCUUGUCAGUCGCUAUAAUGAGGGAUUGUGCCAAUGCCGUUAAACUACUUAUUGAGAAAGACGGGAUCGACUUGAGCUUGAAAAACAUCUUGGGCUAUACGCCACUUUCGUUCGCCGUCGAGAGAGGGCAUGAAAGUACAGUCAAGCUCUUACUCGACAGGGAUGAUGUCGACUUGAACUCUAGAACCAAUUCAGGCGAUACACCACUUUCUCUUGCCGUGGAGAAAGGGCAUGACAGUAUAGCUGAGCUCUUACUAAAUACAGACGGUGUCGACUUCAACUCCCGAGACAACUGGGGUUACACACCACUCUUGUGCGCCGCGAGGAAGGGGAAUGGGCAUUUGGUCGGGCCAAUGAUUGAAAAAGAUGGUAUAGACCUCCUCUCCAAGAGUUUAUACCCGGGCCGAUCGCUAUUAUCAUGGGCCGCAGAAACUGGCAACACGAACUCGGUCAAGCUGAUAAUUCGACAACCCUCAACUGACCUGAACUCUGAAGACGAGGCCGGUCGGACACCGCUUUAUCGAGCUGCU